AUGGUUUCUCUCAAUGAACAGCUCACGACAUUGGUCGAAAACUACACAGCUUGUGAUAUAUCUGACGCCCUACUCAAGCUGCAGAAGGUAGCAGAGGGCACCGCACCACGAGCAGGAUACUUAGCCGAUCUCACCCCCUUCUCCCCAAUAACCGGAAGAAACGACACAGCGCAGAAGAUCGCCGCUCCAGCAACUACAUUCAAGUUCCUCAAUAAGGGCGAUAGUCCACCAGCCAUCGCGAAUGAGAAUCCUGAUAAACAUGGUUUCCCGCCUGGUAAGCACUGGGUAGAUUAUGCAGGCGACUUCCAGGAUGCGGACCCAGCCAAUGCGGGGUCCAUUAUUGUGAUUGAACAGCCAGAUGAGCAGUACUGUGCUGUGACAGGUGGUAUUAUGGCAACGAGGAUGAAGUUCCUGGGUAUCAAGGCUGCUGUUGUAGGUGGCCGAGUGCGAGAUUUGAGGGAGUUGCAGGGCACAGAGCUUCCGAUAUGGGCGCGUGCGACUUCGACCGUCGGCACAGGUGCUGAAGCCAAAGCUGCCGUGCGCGAUGUGCCCAUCUCUGUCGGAGGAAUUACUGUAUCACCGGGAGAUAUUAUCUUCUGUGAUCCGAUGGAAGGAGUGGUCGCUAUUCCACGCGAUUUACUGGGCGCCGUCCUCGAGAUCAUGCCGAAAUUGAUCAAUAUGGAUGAACAGGCAAAGGAGGCCGUGGCACAAGGAAUGAGCGUCACAGAUGCCUUCAAGAAGUUCCGAGCAUAG